GCCAUUGUAGCGAGAGGGUGUGUGCCGAAGUCGCUCCUGGAACUGACGCCCCUAACCCCCGACCAUAACUGUACGUAUAUUACACACUAUAUAAACAAAAUUUAUCAGUCCUAAACCACUAUUUUUUCCCGUGUUUACCUAAACUCAGUGUUGUGUUCAUAAGUGUUCAGUGUGGUAUUAAAAUUUGUUUGUAAAAGUUGAAUUAUUCGUGUGCAUUAUAAUUUACCGAAAAGGAGGUAGAGAGAGAAAGAGAAGAAAAACUAACUGUGCACACAGUGGUACCGAGAUAGUGUAUCACUGCGGAAGAGAAGUGUCGUAUCUUGAUCAUUAAUUGCGACUCCUUAGCUGCUGAGGGAGAGGACAAUCUGGAGAUUGCAGAGUCCAAGGAAAGAAACCUCAAGUUGUAAACUGUGAACACAGAAAAUACAGGAAAAUAACUGACUGCGAAAUGAUGAAACUGUGUGAGUAACAAAACUGAAAUUGGGUUUUAUGCUUUAGAAGUUGUGCAAUAUAGUGGUGCCCAGGAGGGCAACAGCGAAAAGAAAUAAAAAGUGCAGCUGGCCCAGAAUAUGGAGACGAGGAAUAGCAUGCCUUACACCACGCGUGUUCUGACCUUCCGGUCAAAGACCAACAGGCGAUGUCGCUGGGCAUCCUCUGCAUCAGACCCCUCAGGAGAUGAUGCCGCUUUCACGGACUCGGUGAACGAGAAAAAUGAUGACCGAUUAAGUGACGAGAAAGGAGAGAGUGUCGUAUCUUGCGGCUGGCAAAGGGCAGCCAGCACGAGAACCAAACCCUUUGAAGGAACUCUGCGUUUUUGUGAGGGUAAAUUAGAUGUCAAAAUAGAAGUAGCUCGUAGUGAGUCGACCUUUGAAGUUGGUGACGGUCGAAUACCCACUUCUCUGGAAAAGGACCAAGAUUUUGAAGGCAUUUCGGCAGGAGGAGGAGGAGGAGGGGGAGCAUUCCCUGCAGCUGAAGGCAACCGGAGGGAGGAGACUUAUCCAUCAGGGAAACAAACAACACCACUUUUCACACCUUCACUGGCUGAGGUGACAUCGGCAAAGAAAGUUUCUUCCGCUACCUCUCAGGAUUGCCGCCAGUCUCUUCCAUUACGAAGUGAGGAAAAACUUCACCUCCGAAACUCCCAGGGGACUUCAGGUCAUCGUUCAGGCUUCGUGUCUGCCAGAUGGGCUUUCAAACCGUGGCGCUUUGAGGUCAUCUUCUUGAGCUUAACUCUUCUGUGCGUCGUCCCUGUUUCGGGUGGUUUUGACAGAGGAGGAUUACAGCACCAAAUCACGUGGGGGAGAGGAAACAGCCCACCCGGAUCUGCUGUCUUUGGCAAUUCGCCCAAGAACGUCACCGCUGUCGUCGGCCACAGGGCAAGGCUUCCCUGUCAGGUCAAGAACCUGGGAUUAAAGGAUGUUUCGUGGAUCAGGCAAAGAGACCUACACAUCCUCACUGUUGGAAUCUUCACUUAUACAAGUGACGAUCGAUUCAAGGUCUUCCAUCCACACGAGACUGAGGACUGGUAUCUGGACAUCAGCAGUGUCACAUUCCGCGACUCUGGCAUCUACGAGUGUCAAGUGUCCACGAGUCCGAAGGUGUCACUUCCCAUCCACCUGACUGUUCUUGGUGUCCAGGAGGCUGACAUACCUGGCCCGGACGAAGUGUUUAUCCAGCACGGCUCAACAAUCAGCCUGCAGUGCGAGGUUCAGGCAGGCGUUGAGGCCGUAGGUCCCGUGCACUGGUUGAAAGGAGCCGAUACUCUUAAUUAUAGUUCUCCGCGAGGUGGAAUUAGCAUGGAGGUGGAGAAAACCCCGACAAAGACGAUGUCCAAACUGUAUAUAACAAGAGCAGUUCGAGCAGAUUCGGGGAAUUAUACUUGUGCUCCGCUCUUCGCUAAACCCGACUCCGUGUUGGUCCACGUUGUUAACGCUGGAGAGGAAUCGGCAGCAGCCGUGCACAGCGGGAGCAGUCACAGCCCGCAGGAGGAGAACGUCCUGAUGUGGGCAGCUACAUUGUUACCAGUUACUUGGCUCUUCCUAAAUUUCUCAUCGACUCGACCAUGAACAACAUUCAAUGUGAGACCCAGACCAUCUUGUACAGAUUGAUGUAUCCCACCUUCCCGUUCCCCAGGUCAAUUGCCCCACUUAUGGUACGACUCCAAAAGCCUACUAACCUUUGGUACUUCAAACUCCCAGACAAGAACUUUUGAACAGUGUAGCGUGCCUUAUAUUUUUGUAGGUGUUCCCCUAUUGUAAAUGUAUUUAAAUAUAUAUAUAUAUCUAUAU